AUGGCGGAACGCACUCCUUCCACAUCGGGUGAAUCGAAUUUGCCAUCGAGUACGAGCCAUCGGAAGAAAGGCGCUAGCAGAAAAGAAUAUUUUGCGAAUAGAGAUGCUAGUAAAGUCUAUCUAUUAGAUAUAUUUCCACGAUGGAAAGAAUUUAAAAAGGAAAGAAACAUCCGAAGUGACAAGGAUGUAGCUGAAAUGUUGCUUGAUGCAUAUCAGUCACAGAUUCGAUUGUGGUAAGAUUUUACAUGAAUAGAUAAAGUUUGUCUUUAGUAAACUUUUUUUCUUACUUUUAUUAUUAUCUUAUGUCAUUUUCUUUUAUAUUUUCCUGCAGUGUGAGUGUGGAUACCCAGACAGAACCAGAAGCCAUGCCAACGACCCCUCUCGGAAGCAUUCAUGAGUCAGAUGAUUUUCUUUCGCCAGGUUAGCGCUUAGACCAAAAAGUUGUUAGUGUGUGAAGCAUUCAUGAGUCAGAUGAUUUUCUUUAGCCAGGUCAAACAAUUGUCAGUGUGUUAAAAUGCGUCAACGUGUUAUUCUUAUGCGCCUUAUUUUUAAAUUUUGUUUUUGCAGUGUUGACCUCAACACCUCUUAUGCUUUCUGCUGGUACAGAAGCUAUGCAGGCCGGGACAAGCAGUUUUCCAUCGCCAAGUAUGUUACUUGAAGAACAAGUAUAUAUUUUUAUAGUUUGAUAAAAUCAAGUGUAGUUUCCUAAACCUGAUAUCUAUGAGAUAUAAUGUGUAGAUUGCACACAAUGUAUGGGUUAAUAAACCAACAAUAUACUGUAUCUACAAUGAUUUAUCCACCCACUUUCUUGUAUAGUUAUUGCUUCACACACAAAGUCAUUGCGUCGCUCAAGUAGAAGGAAUCUUCUACCUGAUAGUUCACCAUUAUCUGUCAAGUCUACAAGGUUUGGAAAGUGUUCUAUUGAAAGUAGUUUCUGUAAACAUUUAUUCAAAUACCCUGUCUACAAAAACUUGAUAAAUAGUUGUCCCAAAAAGUCGAUAUAUUUUUCUUAUGUAUAUAUUCUAUUUUUUAAAUCAAAUAGAAGUGCUAUCAUGGAGGAUGUGACACUCACUGCAAGCGAGGGUGACGAAAGCUGUGAUGAUGACACAACCCUGACAGCUUCAACUGUGCUGGGCAUGAAUGAAAGUGUUGAGUAUGUGAUCAUUUAA